AUGCCCUGCUUUAAAGGCCUUGCCGUGAGCAUCCACACCCCUGAUGGACCGAUCUCAGAGUACUCGAUUCAGCGGCAGUCACGAGCUUCGCGGAUAGCUUGUUUCAUCCCUGUUCCCCCGCCCAAAGUCCCCGACUCCUCGUCAAAGGGCAAACCUGAACAAUCGACUUUCGCCAUUUCAAUCACCCUCCUCAACCCCAGCCAAGAUGUACCUUACUCCACCCCGAAACCCACGCCCGAUUGCCCCUCCCCGAAGCCGAAGGUCGUCGGAGGACUCCCGAGCCAGACCAGUGAACGCGGCCAGUACUCCGGAGCUGUCGCGCCAUACCAGGCCUUGACCAAUUCUCCGAACGAAACCGUCGCCGCCUAUAUCUAUUUCGACGGGAGACAAAAGGAGGAGGUAGCCACGUUAUUGCGGAGAGGAGAGGAAACUUGGGUGAAUUCGCGGUGGGUCAACUCCGACGACGGCGGCAUUGCCGAGCGCGAGUUCCUUUUCCGCGAAGUCGGCCUCGAACGCUGGUUGAACGGCUUGGAUUUGGAAGGCAAGGAUGCCGCGGCCAAAAUUGAGCGCCGGCGCCAGAAGAUGGAAAAGCGCCGUGCGAAGCGCCAGGCCGAAAAUAGUGGCAUGGAUAUGGAGCUCAACAGCUCGAAGCCCAAGAAUAUAAUGCGCUACGGGAAUGACGAGAAAGAUCCGCUGGAGAACGUCUCGGACGAUGACCUAUCUUCUGAUUCGGACGAUGACGACCCAAUCCCUGAAACCGCUGGUCAAAUUAAGGUGGCACUGUUUCGAGUUCUGGCAUCUGGUGAGAUCAAGCGUGGAGAGUACUCUCCACAGUUUGAUGCACACGAUGACGACGAGGGUGAACAAGGGGGUAAUAGUGGUGGUGGAGGUGAUGCGGAUGUAGAUCAUACUACAAGCUUCGCGAAACCCAAGUCUCUAGACCCGAAGACCAUCAGUACACAGACAGUCACUGGGAUUGAUCCGACAGACAAGCCCUAUGCAACCUUUACUUUCAUGUAUCGCGGCGAACGUCAAUUGCAAAAGAUGGGUAUCAAGAAGGACCAAAAGCCGCAAGAGACGCCCAAUGCGAAACGGAAGUCCCUCCAGGCCGAUUUGUCUAAUCUCGGGGCUCUCAAGCCUGGCGGCACUGUUGGAUUCCUGAACUUCCGCGAUCAGGAAUCAGGGCGGAAGGGCAGUAAGGGGGGCGAUGAAAUGGAUAGUGACGAUGACGACACCGAUAAUCCCAUUUUGAGUAAAGCCGAUGACGAAGAGGGCAAGGAUGAUGACCGGUUCCUGUCCCCUGACGAUAUAAAACGCCAAGGUGAACUGGAGGAGGGCGUUCGCAAGAUUCGGCUUAAACGCCAGCAUUCAGCUGAGCCCUUCAAUGGUAGCGGCGCCGAAUCUACCGACACCCCGGCUUCUGGGACUACUCCUCCUGCCCCGGAGCGAUCCAUCACCCCUCCAAAGGCAGCCGCAAGCUCUGCGGCCCCUGAACAGCCUAUUCCGACCAUCAACGGACCGGAUGGGUUUGUUGGCAGCCCGCUGAAGAAGCAAAGAGCUAGUGUCUCUACUGCCGAUGAAAACGCCCUCCGACGCCGGAUUGCCGAAUCCUCCGGACGGAUCAGCGAAGUCCUUGGGACCGGUACUGGGACCGGGACUGCCACCGACAGCGACUCCAAGUCUGCUCAGCAGGCGGGGUCAUUCGGAGACAAGCUGAAUUCCACUGCACCUGACUCAUCAAAAGACGAUGAUGAUGAAGAGCUAUGA